AUGCCGCUCUCGUACAAUGUGGGGUCCGGGACCUACAUCACGUCCGUCGAUAACGUUCGCACGGCCCUCGCCGCCCACCCGAGCCCGGACAGUGUUCAUGGACAUCCGGUGCUGAUGAAGCAACCCUUUCGUCUUGGACAUCCACCGGGGAGGCUCCUGCAGGUCGAGCUGUCCGCCGGCAACAUGUCGGCCACAUUAGCGAUCUGUGACGACAACCUGUACGUGGUGGGAUUCCGGCCUCCGCCCGGAAGCGGGUACGAGCUCUGCGAGGCGUCCAAGGGCCCACAUCAGCAGCAGAUCAUACCAGGCUCGACACUGCUAGAUUGUGGCGUCACCUACAGAGACCUCGUCGAUGGCACAACAAGAAAGGAGGUGAACAGGGGAAGAUCGAGGAUUUGA